UCAGUAAGACACAAAAUUUACCAUGCUUUUAACUCAAAACCUUCUACAAGACCCAUUUCUCCAGCAUUUGGGGAUAGUCAUUUUCUCAGCUUACCCACGAUCCCAAUUCAUCUUGUCCGAAGGCAAUAUAACUCAAACGCUACAUUACUCCGCUGACAGUCAGGAAAAUUACUUAUUCAUCAUUACAUAAUUUAACUUUGGAAUAAUAAUCAUCGUUUUUAGCCUUGUUAUUUUAUUGUAUGAAUCGCAAGGAUCGUGUCAAGAUGUUUACAUGUAAAUAUUGUAAACGCUCAACAUGGGUAAUGAUCUUCUUGGUGAUUUUUCUGUCGGUAAUUAUUGUCUCGUCACAAGCCAUGACGAUUUCUCGCGACGAACUGUCCCAACUCUUUGACGGGUUUCUCGACAAAAUCGAACAACGGAGCGACGAAAACUCCGCCGAAGUCAAAGAGAACCCUCGUCAGAUCCCGCAGAUCGUCGACGACGCCGAAGAAAACCGCUCCAAACUCUCCCAAAGACUCGCAUCCAUCCUACACGAACUGAACGAAGAAGAAUCGGAUAGUGAUACGAUGACAAGGCCGUCGACGUCGGAGAGUCAGGAGCAGGACCAAAAUGCCGAUGCCGUCCUGAUGGAACUCCUGAACGAGGGUCGAAACAUGGCUCAUCACCAAAACAAAACCACGGAGAACGAGGAUUCUCAUGAUGAUAAUGUUGAAGCUGAAGACGCAAAUGAAAAUGAAAAUGCGUCGGGUAUGUACGACUUUGCUACAUGUGAGCUGAGACUCAACGAAAGACUCGAACCCAUGACCUUGGUAAAAUACCACGGGCUCAGAGGUACAGUCAACUUUCGACAAAACAGAUCUAAUGGGUCACUUGAGGUACUGAUUCGUCUUUUCGGUCUUAUUCCAAGCAACAUGAAUAGCCAAGGUCAUGGCGUUUACAUCCGGGAGUUUGGUGAUCUUCGAGAUGGCUGCCAUCGGCUUGGACCAAUCUUAAAUUCCGAUAGCGAGGAUGACUCGAACAGGUCGUCUGGUAUGUUAGCCGUCGUAUCACCCGAUGGGAGUGGCUAUGCUCAAUAUAGAUCUACAGAGGUUGCACACUUUGACUUGGCAGGAAGUAAUAGUCUGUACGGAAGGUCGAUUGUGAUUGAGGAGAAUCAGAACACAUUCAGUGCUCCAUUGGGCUGUUGCGUCAUCGGAGUAACACGUGAUGUCGGAGAUUGGAUGUGAUUGGACAGGUCGAAAUGGUCAUGUGACCCAUCUCUUUUGAACACAAAUCAAACCCAUGAACUUGUGCAAUAUUCUGUGAAAUCCCCAAAUCGGAUACCAUGGAUGGGGGGUUAAUUAUUAGACCCUGGCGUGUGUUGAUAUUCAUUAUAUCUUCAAAAGAAGAACUUGCGAGUCAUUCAUGGAGCGACUAAUCAAUGGUUUUGUGUUGUUAAUUUGUUCUGGCAUCCGAUUGGCUGAAAGUUACAUGUCAGGAGGAAUUUUGACGACAUUAAACGUUCAACUCUGUCCAGGAG